AAUGAGAAGAUGUUGCGCUGUGGAGUUGGAGACAGAUGAGAAAUCACUGUCAGACGCUCCGAACGGGAAUAACGACGCUCUUAUUUGGUUAAAGACAGUUUCUUCAUCUAAUGUGGACAAUUUAGAGAAGGUUAAGAUGCAUACAACUCGCAGUCCAUCCGCAUCCAUCCAGACAGGGGCUGUUGGAGACGUUCUGGACCUCAGUCUGUCCGGCUCUCAGCUCACAAUGGGCCGCAGACCCAGCAGCGCUUCACCUGGAAAACACUUCUCUCGAUCCAUAUCUGUAUCCGUGGCAAGUGACGGCCGGGGGAAGCGAAACACUUUGACUGAUGCUGGAUUGGGAAGCUCACGAGCAAUUAAGAAUCUGCGACGGUCCAACAGCACCACACAGGUGAACCAGCAGGCCAACACAAGCCCCAGUGAAGGCCAGACAGAAGACUUUCUGGCUCUGUUCAACAGCAGCUCUGAUGGACGUAGAAAACUGGCCAGCCUCUCCAAGACAUCCAAAGACCGUACUACUUGGAACAUCUUGGAUGACCAGCCGAGAGCAUUUCCUGUGCCCAGCAGCUCUCACAGUACCUGCAGUAUGGAUUCUCCUACAGGCCUAAAGAAGAGGGAAGCUGGCGUCUCUCUGGCUGCCAACUUCACUGCCAACAACAGGAGCAAUAAAGCAGCUGUGGGCAACUCUGUGACUCCCAUCCUCCAUAAUAACCACUCAGAGAAACCCCUCACUCCCAAGAGCUCCAAUCAGAAACCCUCCUUCAAUAACAUAAUCAAAGCCACCGUAAAUGAUGAUGUGACUCUGGAUGUGAGCUGUUCUCUUACAAAGUCUCAGAAGAACUUCUCCUCUGCGUCAUCAAGCUCCAACAACAACGCCCCUCGUAGCCCCCGAAGCCCAGGUCAGCCUCGCAGGCGAGAGGUGACCGAGGAGGAGGCCGAAAGGUAUAUUCAGCAGGUGAACCAUGCUGCUAUUACCAUCCAGCGUUGGUAUCGUCGCCAUGUCAAUAGAAAGAGAGCCAAUGAGAAUACAAUCAAACACCUUCUCACAUCCAAAAAAAAGGAGAGAGAGCAGAGAGCAGAGGAGGAGAAAACUGCUGAAUCACUGAAGAAGAAAGAUGAUGAUCGAAAACGCAUCAGGGAGGAGAAAGCUCGUCUGGCUCGACUUACCGCCAUACAGGAGCUUCAGCAGAAAAGAGCCCAGCGUGCUGCUGAGGUACAGCAGAUUGCGGAGGUGGAGGUAGAGGCACUAAGACAUGCUGCUAAAGUGGGGCGUAAAAAGCUCACCAAGAGUUCACCCACUUCUCCCACUGAUGUCAAGGCUAAGAACACAGAUUCUAAUGUGAACGUGGUGCCUGAUCUGGAUGAUGUGACGAAUCUGAGGGCUGCAUCACCCGCUGGGUCUGUAUGCAGAGGAUCUCAGUGUUCUCAGGAGAUCCUCCAGAGGUCUGUGAGCAUGGAGGACCAGCGGCAGGGGGCGUCAUCGAGCAGGGCUCAGUCAAAAACCACUCUGAAUGACUUGCUGGACACACUGAAGCUCUUAGAAGAGGAGCCAGAGAGACUGCCAGAGCCCAAGAGCUACAGGAAGGACAAGUAUUCGUGGAUCGACGAGGAUGGAGACUCCAAUUCCCUGACAACGGAUAAUGUGGAACGGCACAGGCAGCUGAGUCAGGCUCCAGCCCUGCCAGAUGGGGGCGCUUUGCUUUCAGAAGCCAAACUGCAGAGCAUUAUGAGCUUCUUGGAUGAGAUGGAGAAGUCAGAGCAGGAAAGACCACGCUCAGUCACCUCUGGAUCACAUAGAGAGGUGGUGUUAUCUGAGGAAGAUCUAGCAGUUGUGGAACAAGCCUCAGCCACAGCUGCAGAGGUCACAGGCUCUAUGAUGAGACUCAAACUAGAGCUGGAUGAGAAAAAACGCACAGUCAAUAUGCUACAGACAGCACUGACCCAGCAGAGGGAGCUGACGAUCCGGCAUGUGAAGGAGACAGAGAAAGAGCUCAAUCAUACAUUCCAGUUACAGAAGCAGCAGUAUGAAGCUACGAUACAGAGACACUUGACGUUUAUAGACCAGCUGAUUGACGAUAAAAAGGCCCUGAGUGAGCGCUGUGAGGAAGUAGUGGGGGAACUCAAACAGGUGGAUCAGAAAUACACUAAGAAGAUCGCUCAGAUGCAGGAGCAACAUGAGAUGGUGUGGCAAAUUCUGGGUCCCAUGUGUGAGGAGAUUAAGAAGCUGAAGGAGUUAAUGAGUGCCACAGAAAAGAUCCGCAGGGAGAAAUGGAUUGAUGAGAAGACCAAAAAGAUCAAGGAGAUCACUGUAAAAGGUCUGGAGCCAGAGAUUCAGAAGCUCAUCUCCAAACACAAACAGGAGCUGAAGAAACUCAGAGUUCUUCACGAGGCAGAGCUGCUUCAGGCAGACGAGAGGGCUGCUCAGCGUUACGUCAGGCAGACCGAGGAAUUGCGACAGCAGUUGGAAAGAGAAAGAGAUGAACAGUGCCAGAGAGAGAGAGAACUGGCCAAGCAGAGGUUUGAGAAACAGCUGCAGGAAGAGGAGAACGCGCUGCAGCAGCAGAGGAGACGUCUUUAUAAGGAAGUGUCUGAGGAGAAAGAGCGAAUCACACAGCUGGCAGCCAGGCAGCAUGCUGAGCUGGAGGACUUGAGAAAGCAGUUGGAAGAGAACAGCUCUUUGGCAGCAAGAGCGCUGAGAGAAGAGCUGGAGAAGAACAGAGAAGAGCAGGAGAGACGACACCAGGUUGAAAUAAAGGCCCUGAAAGAACGACUUGAGAUUGAGAAACAGACAUGGGAAGAAAAUUAUAUGAAAAAAGAGGAAGCAUGGCUGCUGAGCAGAGAAAGGGAGCUUAAAGAGGAAGUGCGUCGAGGGAGAGACAAAGAGAUCGAGCUGGCCAUUCAGAGACUAGAGGAGGAGACCAGAGGGGCAAGAGAGGAGUGCGAAAUAGCGGCUGACAACCGGAUGAAGCGCGUGAGGGAGAAGUACGAGGCCGAGCUCAGAGACCUUGAGCGUUCGGAGCGAACAGCACUGCAAAAACAGCAGGAGAUGAGAGAGAAACACAGUGAAAUGGAGGCAGAGCUCCUCCGGCUGCAGUCACUUUUACGACAGCGAGAGCAGGAGAUAAGCGACCUCACCCAGGCCCGUGACAAGUUAUCAGAUGAACGCCGCAGUCUAGCAGAAGUGAUCAGACAAGAGUUUGCAGAACGCCUUGUAGAGACGGAGGAAGAAAACAAGAGGAUGAAAAUGGAGGUCUCUGAGGCCAAGGCACGACUACGCUUAGAAGUAGAACGAGUAACCAGAGAGAAAGAAGAGGAACUUGCGGAAGUGCAUCAAAGAGUAAAGUCAGCGAUUUUGAAGAAAGAAGAGACCGUUAAUAACCUGCGAAAGCAGCAUGAGGCUGCAGUGAAGAGAGCAGAUCACCUUGAGUCUUUGUUGGAGCAGCAGAGAAAACAGCUGUUAGGGAAAUGAUGGACAAGUUAGGGCUUUGAACCCCCAGUGAUCCCCUACAGCCCUUCCAUUCUGUCAUACAGUCCGUCCUCCUGCACAAAGAAACUUUCUCUUUGUUUAUUUGUUUUUUCUGUUUUAUUUGUUUUGAUUGUUUGAAAGAACUGAUGGAUUCUGGAUGAACGUUUUGGAUGAACGUUCCACCAGACUUCUCAUCCAGAAAGGCUGCCUUUGGCAUUCCCAUGGGAACAAGGCAAGAAAUAAGAGAGGAAUUUAAUCUUCUCCAAGAUUCCUGGAGAGGCUUUUGUGGGUCUCUCUUGCACGGAUAUGACCAAAUUACAGACUCCUUUCAGCCACCGGUUUCACGCGGCCAAAUGAAUUUAAGCUUAGAGAAAAAAAAACACAAUUUCCUCAAGAGUUUAGAUUUAGUAUGUUGUUAAAACUUAUAAAACCUUGCCUCAUAAACUUGUGCACAUUUCACCCCAGAAUCAAAAUAUAUAAGUAGAAAAUGUCUUUAAAAGUAAACUAAGUUCAUUAAGCAAAACUAAACAGUUUCUAUGUUGCAAAAUAUAUAUAUAUAUAUAUAUUAUUUAAGUUGUAAAGUAUUUAUAUUUUUUUUUUUUUUUUUUUUUUUUUUUUUUUUAAACUUUUAAUUUAUGGUUGUAUUAUACUCACUUUUAUUCACGGAAAGUUAAUGAAAAUCACAAUUGAGAUUAAUGGGUGUUGCAAAGCCUGCAAAUGUAAAACGAUAUCGCGGAAGUGACGCAAUGCAAAAUGGUCUAAAAAUAAGCUUCAUUUUCUUUAUGCAAAACAGCGUUUUUUACAUUUAAUAUUUUGAUUUGGGGGUUAAAUCUGCAUGCUUUUGUGAGAUUCGCCCAAGAAAUGGAAAGCCCCUUUUACUGGCCACAAAGGCAUUCACAGUAAAAUGUUCCAGAUGUUUCUGUAACUGCAUACCCUCUUCUCAUCUCUCUCCAGUGCUGGAAUAAGGGAAAUGGGUGGAGAUUACAGUGGACAGGCAAAGGCUAUGAAGUCUAGAAAAGAAGUUAACCCUUUACGUUAAAGAGGAUAGGCCUAACCCCCCGCCAGCACAAACAUCCCCAUUCCCCCUGCCUUUUGUGCAUUGCAUACAGAUGCCUUUUGUUCCGAUGCUCCUCUGGGCUAUCUCUAAAUUACAGGAGAUGUCCCAGAAGCCCCCAGGACACCCAGACAUGCUCACACAGAGCCCUUCGGUGAGGCCCAGCUCUAGUGUAGACAUCAGAGAAAUGAUGGCAGCACAGCUAGACGUUAGAGAUUUUAGAAGGUAUGUUGACAGCAAAGCAGUAGAUGGUGAAGAUAAGUAUGGAGUGUCUCUUUAGAUUGAUAGGGACUGACAGUAGGUUGAACAGCUCUCACGGUGAUAUGAUGUGCAGAGACCGAGGUGAGAGACCUGGUUGAGGUUCAGUUGAGAUGGAUGUAGAAAGUUGGGUAGAUAAAAAUAUCAGAUGGAUAGUAUAUUAAGAGGUUGACAGUGUUUAUAAUUAGAGAAAGCAGAGCUGGGUUCAACAGAACAGGGUACACAGAAGUGCCAAGUUGGAUGUUCCUGAAUCAACAUAAAUGGUUCACUUACAUUAGAUUAGAAGCGCUAAAAUUACUAAAGCUAAACUGAAAUAAAUAAAAGUAAGUGACAAGAUUACUAAAACUUAAAAUGAAAAUUGAAAAUAUAUAAAAAUAAUACAUUUUAAUGAUUAAAAAUGAGUGCUGUUAAAUCGAUAAAUCGUGAUUAAUUGCAUCCAAAAUAAAAGUUAGUGUUUACAUAACGUGCAUGUGCUGUGUAUAUUUGUAUAUGUAUGUGUAAAUGCACAAAUGUACAUGUAUAUAUUUAAGAAAUAUUUACGCAUAUACAUGUAUCAUUUUUAUAUAUGAUUUAUAUAUAAAUAUAAAUGUAUAUUACAUUUAUUUCUUAAUUAUAUACAUGUAUGUGUGUAUAUUUAUAUAUACAUAUAAAUAUACACAACACACGCACAUGUUAUGUAAACAAACUUUUAUUUUUCGAUGUGGUUAAUCGUGAUUAAUCGAUUUGAUAGCACUUAGAAAAAUAUUAGUAAUUCAAGAUUCAUUUAAAAAUAUUAAUAAAUACCAUAAUAGUAUAUAAUUGUUAAUAACAUACCGCGAAAUAUCAUCUAUAGAAAUAACGGUAAACUCCAUUGAAAUAAAAGAAGUUGGAUUUGAAGCACCAAAAUUACUAAAGCUAAACUGAAAUAAAUUAAAUAAAAAAAAAAAAAAAAAAUUAAAAACAAAGUUGGUAAAAGUGACAACACUACUAAAACUUAAAAUGAAAAUCUAAAAUAGAUUAAAAAAAAUACAUUUUAAUUAUUAAAAAUAAUAGUAAUUCAAAUAUUAUAAUAAAAUAAUAUAAAAAUAUUAGUAACAAAUAUGUAGUAUAUAAAUGUUACUAAAAUAACACCAAAUAACAGUCAAAGAAAUGUCUGAUUUGCAAGCAAAUUAAUAUUGUUGUUGUUAUUAUUAAUAUUAUCAUUUUUAUGUUUUUUUUUUUUUUAAGUUUAUUGAUUUUUUUUCUUUUUUUUUUUAUGAAUUAUAUGAAAACCUGUUUCUGCCAAUGAAUAAUUUUUUCAUCUCACCUUUAUCUCAAAGUCAAUUUUGAGAUAAAAACUCGGAAUUAUGACUUUAUAACAUGCAAUUGUGAGUUAAGUGUAACUCGAGUUCAUAUGUAUUUUUUUUUUAAUAAACUUUUUGUUUCAGAAUUGCGAGAAAAACAAUGAGAUACUAACUUGUAUUUGCAGGAAAAAGUCAGAAUUGCGUUAUCUCGUAAUUCUGACUUUAUUUCUUGCAAAUGUGAGUUUAUAUCAUGCAAUUCUGAGAAAAAAGUCAGAAUUCUGAGUUCAUAGCUCGCAAUUGUGAGUUUAUAUUAUGCAAUUCUGAGGAAAAAAGUCGGAAUUGUGAGAAAAAGUCGCAAUAACCUUUUUUACUUUUUUAUUCAGUGGCAGAAAUGGGCUUCCAUAGAAUUACUCAAAUUCACACAUUGGUUUGAAUGAUUAAUUAAUAGCUCAUUACUCUGUAUCUAAAUUAUUUAAAAGAAAAUCCCAAUCCAAGAAGAAUUCCAUUAAAGAGUCAUGGGAAUUUUUUUUUAGAGGUGAAAACCCAUAACAGUGCCAGACAAUUGGAUUUUAGAGUUUAAUAACAUUCUUAUCAACCUCUUUUCCAAUUAAAUUUAGGUGUUUACGUAAAUGUUGUUUUAGCAUUAACACCAAGAUGUUGAUCCAGGAACCUCCUCCUUGGUAAAAAUUACCGUGAGCCUGAGGAGAUGUAGCAUGACUGGUAUUCGUUCUGUGGUUUCAAGAACAACUAAAAGCCCUCCAAUCACUCUCGUUCUCUCUCUUCUCAGUGUAUAGCAAUCGGUCUACCCAAAAGAGGGACAGAAACAAAUGAAAUUCAGUAGGAGUCGGGGUGGCCGUGUGGGGGAGGUGCUUCAAAACUCUCACAAGUCUCCAUUGUUUCUUGUUAUGAACUCCCUACAUUUUUUUUUUUUUUUUUUUUUUUUUUCUCAAAACAUUUAGUUUAUUAGGAAACUUUUCUAAAACCUUUCAAGUGAACAAUAAUGGUGCAGGCCAAAAAAGCAGUGAAAUGUUAAGAAAGUUUGACCCAGAUGUGUAAUCUGAUUGAUCUUCUGUUCAAAAAGAACUUCCUCUUUAUCUACAAAAAAAACACUCUUUUGUUGUAGAAGUUAAACUAUGUGAGUGAGCCGUAACCAACUUCCUGUUGUAAAACUCCUCUCUUGUACCAUUGUUUGAUGGAUUUUGUAUAUCAGAUUCUUCCUGAUUUGUGAGCUGUUUGGCGAACGCAGCCACAUCGAAAAGGUCAGAGUGAAAAGUGCCUCAUUCCUGUUCUCUAAUGAGAGGAUCAGGUGUCUCAUUUCAGGACAGAGAGGGAACACCAGACUGAGCUCAAACUGUCCUCACUGGAGACCAAUUGCAGUAUCUAGCAGACUCAAGCGUAAAUACUGAGAUUUCUCUAAGGCAUAAUUUCAUGAGUCACCUGUUGACAUCACACGUUAAUGUGUGCUUGUGUAUCCAAGGUGUUUUGGAUGCAUUUUAUCCGAACCCCAGUGUGAGGUUCAAGCCGUUAAAAAAACAUUCUGAGAAUGUUUCAGAUGCGUUUUGUGAAGGUUAGAAGUCCAUUUUGGCAGCAGAUGCAGGUCCUUGGCUGUCUUUCUGCCUUCGGAUGGCAGCGUGGUUGGCAUGGCCGGUGUUUGUCAGUCCCACUCGUGCCAAUGAACCAUUCUUUUGUGAGCGUAGUGUUUAGUAGCCAAGCGCCGGACGCCAUUUUACUGGCCUUUUGUAACUGCGGACUGAAAAACACUACUUUUAUUAUAUUAAUUAAUGUCUGAGAUUAUUUCACCCUACCCUCUUCAAGUUUUGUUUUUGCAUGUCGAAGUUUUUAAAUAAUUUAAAUGUGCCCUUUAACAUGUAGCUCUUAAUUUGAUUCUUUUACCCACAUCCUGUAUUUUGGUCGAGUUUAAUAGCUGUGUUUUCGAAAAAUGAAGAAAAGAAUCUGGUCAGUACGAAAAUAAAUCUUUAAAAUGAG